CACAAUUCAGAGAAACUAUCAAAUUUUGUGGAAAUUUCGAAAUGACAGUUUCCGUUUGUGUCCUAUAUAAGAGCGUACCUCAUCCGUUCAGAGAUAGAUCUCUUCCAGUUGGCAAGACAAAGACUUGCCAGUAACCACAGAGCAGAAUCCUGCCAUUCGUCUCUUGAUAAACGGAGGAAAACCCCUUUACCAUGGAACACAAGUUAUUGUUUCUCAUGGUCGCCAUGAUUGGCUUGCAGCAGGCACUAGCUGCCCAACUGGUAAAUGCUAAAGAACGAGCGUCUCAUAGUAUCCGCAAGAGGUCACUGCGUGAUGACAUGUACGAACGCCGAGAUGAACUAAAAGAUAUCACUGUUGAUGAACUACUUGACCUCACUGCAGGAGAGGGAAUGACAAUAUCACGUGAAGUUAAAUCUGCACAAGGCACGACGGUGAGACGACUUCAGGAAACAUAUCAUGGUGUUCCAAUCUAUGACUCGGUUGUUGCGGUUGAGGUUGACGAGGAGGGAAAGCUGACAGGCGAAGCAGCAGGGUUAUUCGUCCAGGGGAUUGAAGAUGACUUGGAAUCUGUCGAACCCCUUUUCUCUCCAUCUGCAGCUCUUGAUAUUUUGAUAGAAGAAGAAGGCGCAGAAAGUUACAGAUCAAGCAUCACUCGCUACUCAACCAAGCAUUAUGUUUAUCUCGGAGACUCUGACAGGGCUCGUUCUGUUUACGUCGUAUCAUACGUGUUGACCAGAAAAGAUGCUGUACCUAAGCGACCAGUCAUGAUUCUUGAUGCCAGAUCAGGAGAAAUUAUAAAGACAUGGAAUAGUCUCGAAACCUGGGAUUGUGGCGGCAGCCGAAGACUGUACAAGGGUGUUGGAGGUAAUGAAAAAAUGGGCAAGAUCCUGUACGGAGAUUCUCCGUUUUGUCUGUCCCCUACGAUUGAAGGCGAUAUGUGCAUCCUCGAAAACAAGUAUGUUCGAGUUAUUGAUAUGGAACAAUCAACUGAUGACUCCAGAAACGAAACUGUAAGAUUCAGAUGCAGAAAUGGCUACGACGAUGAAGUGAACGGCGCUUACUCUCCAGUGUUAGACGCAUUUUACGCAGGAACAGCCGUCGGUAUGAUGUUUGAAGAAUGGUUUCACACAACACCAUUACAUUCAAAACCAGUUCUUCGUGUUCAUUACGGACACGGUAUGGACAAUGCAUUCUGGGAUGGUAGUUAUUGUAGUUUUGGUGACGGGUCUUCAACCUUCUACCCUCUUACGAGUUUCGAUGUUGUUGGUCAUGAGAUAGGACACGGGGUGACAGAGCAGAGUUCUGGAUUAGAAUAUCAUAAUGAGAUGGGUGGACUGAACGAAGCCUUCUCUGACAUUUUAGGGGAAGCCACUGAAGAAUAUAUCGACUUCAGAAGUGACAUGUAUGUGGGUUUGGAUAUCAACAAGGGUGAAAUAAUGCGUUAUUUCAGAGAGCCAGAGCUGGACGGUAACUCACCAGGCAAUGUUGACGGGUAUAGCACAGGAAUGGACCCCCAUUACUCAAGUGGUGUCUUUAGGAGACUGUUUUACGUCAUCAUCAAACAAAAGGGAGGAGUCAUUCGACCAGUUGCCCAUACCCUGUUGCACGCUAAUCGCAUGUAUUGGAGAAGCAUGACAGGGUUCCAGGAGGCCGGCUGUGGUGUGCUGAAGGCAGCUUACGAUCUAGGACAGAAUCCCACACCAUAUCUUCGAGCUUUGAAUGACGUAGGCAUAGAACCCUGCGAUGUAACCGACCAUAUUCGCCGUCUCCGAUCACACAACCCUAUUUCUAGAAUAACAAUAUCACCUAAUAUUAGACCUCUUUUUGGUUAUGAGGUGCCAAGGUCAACCUCAGCCGUCUUAAUUGAAGCCACGCACGACGUCAACGAUGUUGACAUAACGGUACGAGUCGGAACAUGGGAGAACGACGAAGAGGCACAGAGCAGACUCGAACUUUUCAUGAACGAUUUUAAUUCGCUGAGAGUAGAAGGUGUUUCAAGUGGUGAUGUUCUGUUCAUUGAGCUGUCAACUCAAGGUCAUACUGAAUUUUCUGGCGUUACUAUCACAGCAAAGCCUGAGCCAAACUCAAGACGGGACUUAGAUAUGUCAAGGGCAUACUGGGCUAAAGUUUUCGCAAAAGCGUGAUCGGUUUAAGAACAUUAUUGAAACAGUGAAAUAUCUUUUUCACUAUCAGUUUGUGACGUUUAAUACUUUGUUGAUUUUUUAAUUAAUAGAUAUAAGACUUGUACACUUUCUACAUGUACAUCAUUCCUGUUGUCGAAUAUUUCAUGCUUUUAUUCAAUGAAUUUUCAAUUUCCUAAAGUUUUCUUAGAUUCUCUUUGAAUGUGGUAUAAACGUGGGUGAU